AUGCCCUUCUCGCUGGUGUGCUUCGCCGUCGCCGCCGCCGCCGUCGGCCGGGCCGCCGCCGCCGCCAUUCCCGACUUUCCAGCCGAACCUCCUCACCUCCCCCCGGGGCCGCCGACGCCGCCGCCGUAUCCUCCAGGCAAGGCACCGCUGCCGCCGCCUUCCGCCCCGCCCUUCCCUCCAGCUGAGCGCAUUUGUGAUUCGUCUGGCAAUUGCAUGGAGCGGACAUGCGAUGCAAGCGGCAACUGCCACACCAAACAUUGCGAUUCCGACGGCGCGUGCUACACUACCGUGUGUGACCAAUCGGGUGGGUGCUAUACCACCGUGUGCGACAAGGAGGGAAACUGCUACAGGUUGGUGUGCGACACGGAGAAAAACUGCUAUCGCAAAGUGUGCGACUCCGAUGGCAACUGCUACAUCUUGGUCUGUGACAAGGAGGGCAACUGCUGGUCCAAGGUCUGUGAUGCUAAGGGCAAUUGCAUCCGGCGCGCGAGUGAAGCCGAUGACAAAGUAUCGCUUCCCGCCCGCGACGCCGCCCUUCCCGCCGCCGUCCGCCCCGCCAGCCUCGAGUGCUACCCGGGCAUCCCCGGUGGGCUGGCUUGCCCGCCCGGGCACUUCCUCGGCUUUGGCAAGAAGGGCGGGUGCCGGACCACGACGUGCGAGACUGGGCAGUACACCGCCCUCCGGGGCAUCACCACGUUUAACGCGUGCGCGGAAAGGUACCAAACAAGACCCGCUCGCAGGAUGCCAGCCCCCGUCGUGAUGGCGGCCGUCGGCGCCGGCGCCGCCGCCGCACACGGCGCGGUCCUCUUCGUUCCUCCCGUCGCGGCCACCUUCGCGUACGCCCGCUUCCGCUCGAAGCAGGAGGCUGCGGUGGCGCCGUCGUCGGAGGGCGCUGGUCAGCAGUUCAGCCCGCCCAAAACGAGGGCAGGGAAGGGCGUCCACUUCGCUGCCGAUGUCGAGUCGGGCUGCAUCUCCGCGACCGAGCGGCCUCCUCCUCACGCCGUGCGGAAGCUUCGCCGCCGCCCUGACUCGCUGCCUGUGCAGUGACGAUGGGAGGCGCACGAGCACGCGGACCAGCCGAGGCUCGGGGCGGAUCACCGAGCUCAUGGACAGCCUCGAGUACCAGAAGUGCAUUGACGACGAAGAGAACCACGACGUGGUCGACCUCGCCGGCCGCCCAGUUGCACAGGCCACGGAAGCGCGCCGGCCACGUUCUGACCUCUUCCGGUCGGUGCUCGGGCGCGACGCGGCACACAUCCGAGUCAUCGGCAGCGGCACUGUCCGGACGCUCUCAUGAGCGCGCCGGCAGGGAGUUUAACAGUCUAUACCUCUGCCUAGAGUUUGCGCCAUCGGUGUCUGUGCAUCGCAUCAGCUGCUCCGUCAUCAGCUGUCCGUCCUCCCCUGUGUUCUAAUCCAAGUUGGACGCCGUUGGACGUAUCCAGUGUUCACUGUCUACGUGUAGCGACGGGCGCUGCGCGAUAGCUGCUUUGUGGGUCCC